AUUUUCAUGCACAAAUGAAAUGACACAUUGACACAAUUUAAUGGCGUGAUAUUCAAUUUUCUAUUUGUCUCGAAAAUAUUUAAAAAAGAAUAUCAUAUGGUGUGCAUAGUCCAAAAAACUAUUUGCUUAGGAAUAUGGUAGCAUUCUGUCCGUUUUGUCACAACCUUCUAUUUGUUGAAGAAAAUUUGCAAGGAAAACUACAGUUCACAUGUAAUGUCUGUCCAGUUUUCUUUCCUGUGAAAAAAUUGAUAUCUUUCAGAAACUUCUAUAAACUUAAGGAAAUAGACGAUGUUUUAGGAGGCGAAGAGGCUUGGAAAAACGUAGAUUCUACAGAAGAAAGGUGUCCUGUUUGUAGCCACGAUCGAGCAUAUUUUCUGCAAUUACAGACAAGGUCUGCUGACGAACCUAUGACUACAUUUUACCGUUGUUGCAAUUCAGAUUGUAACCACAAUUGGCGUGACUGA